CCCCGCCCCGCCUCUCCCCUCGCGCUCCCCGUGUCCCGCCCUCCGUUUGCUCCGAGUCGCACCGGAUAAACACCUCCGCUGCCAUGUCCGACUCGAAGUACUUCGCCGCCACCAAGAGGGGCGAGUUGCCCGAACUCAAGCAGGGCCUCCACUCGAACAACAAGAAGGAGCAGCUGGCCUCCAUGAAGCGGAUCGUGGCCAACAUGGCACUCGGCAACGACCUGUCCGCGCUCUUCCCCGACGUGCUGCAGUGCAUGCGGUCAGAGAUGCUCGAGAUGAAGAAGAUGGUGUACCUGUAUAUCGUCACCUACGCCAAGGCCCGCUCGGAGCUGGCCCUUUUGACGGUCAAUUCCUUCGUCAUGGACGCCUCCAAGAACCCAAACCCCCUGAUCCGGGCCCUGGCCUUGCGUAAUAUGUCAUACAUCCCGGUGGACAAAAUCAACGAGUCCCUGGCCCAGUGUCUGCGCCAGGCGGUCAAGGAUGAGGAUGCCUAUGUUCGCCGCACGGCCGCCAUGUGCAUCGCCAAGCUGCAUGAGCAUGAGCCGGACAUGGUCCGCAAUGAGGGCUUUUUCGAGAUCCUGCAGGAGAUGAUCGCCGACAAGAACCCAAAUGUUGUCGCCAAUGUCCUGGCGGUCAUUGCUGACAUCAACCUCCGGAGCAGCGAGUCGCUGGCCAUCCACUUUGCAUACAACAUCGUGCGCGAGCUGCUGACCGUCCUGAAUGAGUGCACCGCCUGGGCGCAAACCUACAUCUUGGAGUCGCUGGCUACCCAUUACAACCCGGUCAAUGGGGCGGGCGAAUUCAAUGAUGGCAUCACCGUGGCCGAUGUGGACGCCCUUGCGGCGCUCAGCUCGCCGCGCCUGUCGCACGCCUCCCCCAGUGUGGUCAUGUCCUGCAUCCGCUUCCUGAUGCGCCUUUAUGACCACCUCUCCUCAACCGAGCAGCGCAACGCCCUGUCGAAGAAGAUUAGCGCGGCCACCGUUGCCAUCAUGGCCUUCCCCCUGCCGGAGGUUCGGUAUGUGGCUCUCCGCAACACCAGCCUCCUGAUCCAGAAGUGUCCGAACAUGUUCGACGGCGACAUCAAGGUGUUCUUCUGCGACUACAACGACCCGAUCUACGUCAAGAUGGCCAAGAUCGAGAUCAUCAUCCGCCUGGUGAACCCGGACAACUGCAAGCAGGUUCUCUCGGAACUCAAGGAGUAUGCGACGGAGGUGGAUGCCGACUUCGCGCGCAAGGCCGUCCGGGCCAUCGGCAUCUGCGCGGUCAAGAUCGAUGCCGCCAUCGACCUGUGCCUGAAGGUCCUGCAUGACCUGAUGGCCACCCCGGUGGAGCACCUGAUCGAGGAGUCGAUUGUCGUCGUGCGGGACAUCCUCCGCCGGUACCCGGACCAGACCAGCGUGGCAAGCAUCGUGCCGGGGCUUUUCGAGCAUGAUCUCCCCGGGCUGGCUCCGCAGGCCAAGGCGGCCCUCACCUGGCUGCUGGGGAACUACUUCGACCUGAUCCCCCAGGCGGCCGCCGCGCUGGACUCUCGGGUAGACAACAUCCUCGACGAGCAGACCCCGGUCCAGCUGGCCACUCUGACUGCCUGUGUGACGGUCUUCCUCAAGCGUCCCGCUGGGGCCGAGCCCCGCAUGAAGCGCCUCCUGCAAAUGGUCACCGACUACUCGCCGAACCCGGAUCUCCGCGAUCGGGCCUACAUGUACUGGCGCCUGCUGAGCUCCAACCCGGCGGCCGCGCGCCUGCUCAUUAGCUCCACCGACAAGCCGAUUUGCGCGCGCAACCCCAUCGACGGUGGCCUCGGGCCGGUUCUCCUCCGGGAGCUCCUCUUCAACCUGGGCACCCUGGCCUCGGUGUACCACAAGCCGCCCAGCUCUUUCCUCAGCUCGACCAAGGCGCGUGCGCACAUGCCGCCCCCGUUGCCCAGCGAUGCGGGCAGCGCCGCCGCGGCCGCCGCCACCGCCGCAAGCCACCAGACGGCUGCUGCCCAGCCUGCUGCCCAGCCUGCUGCUGCUGCUGCUGCUCAGCCCGCCGGCCCGGCCAGCUACCUGGCCGAUGGCGACGCUCCGUAUGGGUCGAACUUCAUGAACCUCCUGGACCUGGACGAUCCUGCGCCAGCGCCCGGCGGUGCUCCGGUCGACAACCGGAACUCCAUGUACGGCGGGUAUGCCAUGACCGGGGGCAGCCCGUCCAUGUAUGUUGGGGCGUCGGUCACCGGGUCCGGUGGGGCAUCCGAUCUGGACACCCUCUUCGGGGGGAUUUCCCUGAUCGACAAUUCGCUCGACACCCCGACCACCCCGUCGCCCAUGGGCGCUCCCACCCCCGGGGGGGGUCUCUUCUCGGCGGACAUCGCGGCCCUCGGGGCCGGGGGCACCUUUGUCGAUCCCUUCUCGCUGGAGCUCCGCGCCCCGCUGGUCAAGCAGUCGCUGCUGCAGGCCAGCGCCGGCCGCGGCCUGGACAUCUCCGGUGGCUUUGUCCGCCGCGGUACCCAGCCCACCCUGGAGCUGACCAUCACCAACCGAGCCAUGCAGCCGAUUGGCGAGUUCUUCGUGCAAUUUAACACCAACGGCCUCGGUGCCCAGCCGGCCAAGCAGGUCGACGCGCAGAAGAUCGCCAUGCCCAACAUGACCCUGGAGGUUAGCAUCCCGCUGAGCACGUCGGCCUCGGCCGUGGCCAUGAAGGAUCCCUUCAACAACCUGCAGGUAGCUCUCAAGUCCACGGUGGGUGUGGUGUAUUUCCAGUCGCUGGCCCCGCUGCAUGUCUUCUUCAAGGAGGCCCCGCAGGCCGUGCUCACCGACAACUUCCUGGCCAAGUGGAAUGCCCUCCCGGCCGACAAUCCGGCCCUUGAGCAGCUCUCCAUCCCCCUGCCAGAGCACCAAAUGGCCACCUUCAAGCAGCGCCUGCAGGCCAACAACGUGUACACCGUGGCCGAGCGGCAGAUCGGCACCGAGGGCGCCCUCGUGAAUGUGUACUUCUCCUUUGCCGUGCUUGAGCCCACCGACACGCAGAUUCUCUUCGAGAUCCGGCUUCCGACGUCGGGCAACGUUGCGGCCACUGUGGUUGCCCGCUCCAGCGCCGGGCACGUCAUCCAGGCAGCCGCGUCCACCCUGGCGGCCCUCAUCCGCACGCACUUCAGCGAGUCGGCCGCUGGGGGUGCCUCCUCGCAUGGCGCCUUCCCUGGCAGCUUCUUCUAAGAGGCGCAUGGCGACGGCCAUGCCGGCAGAGGGAGGCCCGAUGGCGGACGAGGCGCGUGCGCAACGCAGUAUGUGUGUCUCUAGUUCGGUGGACACGCCCACUGCGCUGCACAUCAUGUGUUCCUCCUCUGCUUCUCUUCUUCCAGCCUUCCGUGGCUUCAUUUGGCGGAUCGUCAGCAUCCGGGAUUGCCCCCUCACGUGUACUUUUCUUCCCGCUGGAGCGUGUGCCCGUGAGAAGGCGUCCAUAAUCCAGGACAAUACACAUGGCGGCGCCAUCCUCCCGGAAAGGGGACCCCCUCCGAGAGUGCCUUCCCCCUUCCCACUCGCCCAAUUGCUCCCCCGCCCCUACACGCACACAUACACACACACACA